AUGAAGGGUUUUCUUGAGCGGACUGUUAGUUCAAAGUAUUAUUCUAACAGCUCUGCUUGUUCCCCUAAUAGAAUUCCUGGUUCUAUCUGCUCAGAGCCAGGAUCAAACGACAGUAAGCUCCCCAAGUCUUCCUUGUGGUCGAGCUUCACUUUGCCAGCUUUCUCAAUCUUUGAAACAUUAAGUGAGCCAAAAGGCUGUGGAAAGAAAGCAUCGAGCUCUAGGAGCAAUGGAUGGACUGCAGCUUUCAAGAGAGUAAUGAAUGGUGGUGGCUCAAUGAGGAAAAUUCAAGAGCGUGUACUGGGGCUGAACAGGACUGGACAUUCUGUCUCAGCUGGUGACAUAUGGCUUCUAGGUGUGUGCUACAAGAUUUCUCUGGAAGAUUCAUCUGGAGAUCCGGCUCAGAGUGAAGGCUAUGCUGCAUUUGUUGAAGAUUUCUCAUCUAGAAUUCUGAUAACAUAUCGUAAAGGCUUUGCUAAUAUAGGAGAUUCAAAGUAUAGCAGUGAUGUAUACUGGGGCUGCAUGCUUCGAAGUAGUCAAAUGCUUGUUGCUCAGGCUUUACUUUUUCAACGAUUGGGGAGAUCAUGGAGAAAAUCUUUGCACAAGCCAGUUCAUCAACAUUACAUUGACAUAUUGCACCUUUUUGGUGAUUGUGAGGAGUCAGCUUUCUCCAUCCACAAUCUUCUUGAAGCUGGAAAGGCUUAUGACCUUGCUCCGGGAUCAUGGGUAGGCCCAUAUGCCAUGUGUCGCACAUGGGAAACUCUAGCCCGCUGUAGGACAGAGGAAACUGAACUUGAUGACCAGUCCUUUCCAUUGGCUAUAUAUGUUGUUUCUGGUGACGAGGAUGGGGAAAGAGGUGGAGCUCCUGUUCUAUGCAUCGAAGAUAUACUCAGCCAUUGUUUUGAGUUCUCAGGAGGCCAAGUUGAUGGGUCACCUAUUCUUUUGUUGGUUCCUUUGGUCCUAGGACUGGACAAAGUCAAUACGAGGUAUGUUCUGUUUGUCAUGCUCAUCUAUAUGAUAGCAAUACAAUUGUAUUUUUUAUGGGAAUUAUACUUUCUCCUUGAAUAGCCUAUUGGAUGCUCGGAACCUAGUAUGAAUCUUUUACUGUGCUUGUCUUGUAGUGAGGUAUGGUGAAGAAAAUGAUCGAGGAUAGGUCACAUAAAAGGGGGAGGGGGGAAUUACUGUCAUGCCAUGUCGAAGAAAUUAGGGGGUGAGGCUGUAAGAACAUAGUAUGCUAUUACUAUGUCAAGUGAUGGUAUUCAAACCAUCGAUUCUCUACUCCAAGGCAGGAAAUAGAACAACCAUUUAUUCUCACUGAAGAUGGGAAACAUAGUAGCUUGGUUCACUGUUUACUUAAAUGUCUGAUAGCAUAGUCUAGCCACUGAACAUACCGAAUGUUUUACUAGUGCAGUUCGUUGCAACAAGUACUUGACUGUGUAAUUAAAAGUUUAUGCAACAUAGAUAGCAAGCUUGGUGAAGUAGAACGGAAAGUAGAAGAACAAACAGAAGAAGUAGAGAUCUACCUCAUCCUCUCGAGGAUUAGGUCAAGAAACACACAAAUACUCAAUCAAUUUCCCAAUAAACUCCACACUAAUGAAAAAGGGGGUAUAUCGUUAUUUAUAAUCUAGUCUCCUGCGAAAACCUCAAUUAGUUUCCAAUAAAACUCUAAUUAGAACAAUUAUAGAAACACUCCUAAUCAAAAUAUAUUCAAAAAAACUCCUAAUCAAAUAAAAAUUUUCUAUUGUAAUAAGUAAAACCCAAUAAAUUCCAAAUUACAAAAAUAAGCAUGAUAACAUGUAAUUAAAAGUAUUACUUAUGGUGCCUUUGAUGGGGAUGAUGGAAAGAAGAGGGAUGCAAAACUAGGUGGAAUAGACUUCCAUCCACGGUGGAAAGAAAGAACAUUUCCCUCCUUUUUGUUUGGCAUGAGGGAUGGAAAAGUAGGAGAAUAGAUUUUUAUUGUUUUUUUAAGUGUGAGGAAAAAAUGAGGGAAAUAUUGUAAAUGUGAAUAUCAAAAAGCCCUUGCUUACAAAAAAUUUGUACUUCAACUUGAGUCAUUUGGUCUAAAUUUUUGUAAAAAGAAAAGUCAUAUAUAUUGUAAUGUUCAUACAUGUAGGUAUAUGACAGAAAAUAAAGAAAGUUGCAAAAAAAAAUAUAAUGAAGUUAUGCGGACUGCACCCUUACCUUUUGUGUUUUUGGUUGAUUGCUUAUCAUGUUAUAACAAAGCGAGGAGGAGUGGAAAAAAAAAUAAAAUUGGAGGCAUGAGAAGAUCAUGCACUAUGAAGUAUGAACACUGACAUAUUUGCAUUUUGAAGGUAAAAAAGUAAACUACUUGUGCCUCACUCUAACCUUUUCAUUUUUUCCUCUUAUUUCCGCCUAAAUUAGGAGGAUUGCAAAUGGUGCGCUAAGUGGAUUACUUUACAACUCCCUUUUUUUCCCUCUCAUUUUGCGUUUCAAAAGAAGCACGCAUACUCUUAAGAAGGUGAUUUGUUUGUGUUGGACACAUGUUUGAUACUCUUGUAGUCAUGUAUGUAGUUGAAAGAUAAAAUCUUACUUUGGAUACGCAUGCAACACUCCGGUGAUGAUGUAUCGUCGGACACUUCUUUAAUACCUAUCUAUGAUUGAAAAAUAAAUUUGUGGCAAAAUGUAAUUAACAAAAUUUGAAAUUUGAUAAAUGACUGACGAUAGUAUAGACGAAUAUAUAAUUAUGAAGCCUAAUCAGGUGAAAAUUUUAUUUAAGAUUUACUAUUAAAAGCAAAAUAUUGACUUGCAACUAUGAAGCUAUAAAAUAUCAUACCUGGGUAUUACUAAUAGCAAAAAAGUGGAAGUGACAGACAUAAAAAAAGUUUUACCAAAGAAAAUAGUUUGGGAAGAUGAGAAUAAUCACUAUA